AUGGGUCGAUUAGAAGACGCAAAGAUAUGUUAUCUGAAAGCUAUUGAAACGCAACCACAGUUCGCUGUGGCUUGGUCUAAUCUCGGUUGCGUGUUCAAUGCUCAAGGUGAAAUCUGGUUGGCAAUCCACCAUUUCGAAAAGGUCGGUUACCAUUCUUCAAGUAAUGCAUGUGGAGAAGCCACUGUGUAUUCCUUGCAGCCGUGGAUCAAAUUUUUGCAGGGUCGUGCUGUUCAGCUUGAUCCAAACUUUUUGGAUGCAUAUAUCAAUCUUGGAAAUGUUCUCAAGGAAGCGCGAAUUUUUGACAGAGCUGUUGCUGCUUACCUUCGUGCUCUUAAUCUGGCUUCAAACCACGCCGUCGUUCAUGGAAAUCUAGCAUGUGUUUAUUACGAACAGGGACUGAUUGACUUGGCCAUUGAUACGUAUCGUCGCGCAAUUGAGCUGCAACCAAACUUCCCAGAUGCAUAUUGCAAUCUUGCAAAUGCUCUGAAGGAGAAGGGUCUAGUACAAGAGGCGGAGAAUGCUUAUAUGACCGCAUUGGGGCUAUGUCCAACUCAUGCCGAUUCUCAGAACAACUUAGCUAACAUUAAGCGAGAACAGGGAAAAAUCGAAGAGGCUACGCGACUUUAUCUUAAAGCACUUGAGAUAUAUCCUGAGUUUGCGGCUGCUCACAGUAACUUGGCAUCGAUUCUUCAACAACAGGGAAAACUUCAGGAAGCCAUAUUGCAUUAUAAGGUUGGUUUACCUUCUUCUAUUGCGGUGUUUGGUAUGGUGUGA